AUGGCUCUAGUUGGAGGCGACAUGCUCCUGCUACUUUUGGCCAUGGUCCCUUCUACACCCGCUCCUUCCCAAACGGGAACCACUCUACUCUUUUCAUCACGUUUCCAUCUCAAACCAUCAGAGGUCAACCUAGUGUGUCUUGUCUAUUUCAAUUCGUCCAAGCGUCGUCUCGUGCGUGCUCACUUCGCCGUCAUCGUUUCCUUACCCGCCAACAUCACGGAAAUUGACAUCGACACCAUUACCUCGGCGGAGAUGUACCCGACGUUUGCAACUAGAUUGCGAAUGACUCUGCGCGUCCUGGAAGUUGGCGAGCUAUACCACAUGGGCUGUGGCGGAACAUCAACUCGCAAACAGCUUAAGGAGAUCAUGCGUGAUUGUCUUGACGAAUUCCUGAGCCAUAUCCUACGCGGCUUGAGGCUCCGAGAGGAUAUGAAAGGAGGUAUUGCUCAACCGCAGUGA